AUGUCUUCGAUCCUGCUCCGCCGGACGUCGUCCAUCCUGCGCGGCGGCCUCCCGCGCAGCGCGUCGUCGACCGCUGCGUCCGUCGCGCCGACCUUCGGCGUCGUGUUUGACGUCGAUGGUGUGCUCGUGCGUGGCAAGACACCGGUCCCCGGCGCGCGCGACGUGCUGCUGGAGCUCGAGGCGACGGCGACGCCGUUCGCCAUUAUGACCAAUGGCGGCGGGUCGCGCGAACAGAAAAAGGCCCAGUCGCUGACCCAGCGGUUGGGGCUACGCCCAAAUGUAGCCAUCUCGACCACGCGCCUGUGCAUGAGCCACACGCCUAUGCAGCACCUCGUGGCACAACACGGCGACGAACUGGUGCUGGCCGUGGGCAAAGACUGCCGCGAGAUGCGCCACGUCAUGCAGGACUACGGCUUCCAGCACGUGGUCACAGUCGACCAGCUGCAUCGCCACUUUCCAGCAAUGUACCCAGACGUGGCGGUCGCGGAGCCGCUGGCGGCCAACGGGCGCUUUGAUGCGCAGCCGUUUGCUGCUGUGUUUGUGCUCAUUGACCCCAUCUAUUGGGGGCGUGAGCUGCAGAUUGUUAUGGACGUCUUGUGCUCGCCCAAUGGACUGUUGCGGCAUCAGCCGAUAGUGGAUCCAACAGCUACUGAUGCUGCUACUGCUGGUGCCGAUGCUCAAGGGCGCGAGGCUGGUGGUGCUGGUGGCGUUCGUGGGGAGCGCCAACACGUGCCACUCUACUCGGCGUGCUCUGACUUUCAGUACGUGGGCGACUUUCACCUGCCUCGAUACGGAGCGGGGGCUUUCCAUGCUGUCUUGGAAGACCUCUUUACCCGCACCACAGGCCACAAGCUCGAGCAGACGCUGUUUGGCAAGCCGCAGCGCGCGUCGUUUGAGUUUGUCGAGACGCUGAUUGAUGCACAGCAUGGCAAUGUCGAGCGGAUUUACAUGGUUGGCGACAAUCCAAAGACUGACAUUCGCGGCGCGAAUGAAGCUGGAGGAAGGUGGAAGUCGGUGCUAACGCUCACGGGCAUGCACACUGGACCGGAGAAUGACGUUGAAUACCCAGCGUACAAAGUCGUGGAUGAUGUCGUGCAAGCACUGGCUUUUGCCAAACGGGACUUUGCAAAAUACCUGCGUGAAAAGGCGAGCAAGUAA